GGAGCCGAAGAAAAAGGUGCUCCUUUUUCGGCGUGUUGCUUUAUAAAUACGUGUGUUUCAAUGCUGCUAAUGACAUAAAGCUCGUGCCAACCGAAAGGGAAACAACUGAACAAUAACGGCCGUGGAGUGUGGAAAGACCUGAACCUGUGCCAAAGGGGACAUAAGCAACAGUUGCCCAGUUUAGUGGCCGGAAGGGUUCAGUGGAACAAGUGUGUUGUAUUUGUUUAGUGCUUUAUGCUUGGGAUAUAAAGAAUAUGUGCCGGAUAAACUUCACGACGUUAAGUUUACUUCUCGUUCUAUGGUCAGGCAGCCUCAUGUCAGAACCAUCACAAAAUGCUGACGGCUCCAUAAAAGGAUUGUACGAAUACCUGCUACAACGAGAGUACGCUGCUCCAGUGUCAUACGCGGAUCAUCAAAUAAAGCGAAAGGCAGUCCGCUCGCCGUCCCUGCGGUUACGAUUCGGAAGGCGUAGUGAUCCGUCAAUGCCAGUGGAGCCGGAGGACGACGAAAUGGUCGAUCAACGGUCAAUAAGAGCGCCACAGCUACGGUUACGGUUUGGUCGAACCGACCCGCUGUGGUCGUCUUUCAAUGAGAACGCUCUACUAGAAGAGAAACGAGCACCUUCGCAACGGCUACGGUGGGGUCGAUCGGGAGGAAUGUUUUCCACCAACGACGUUAUGCAACAGAAGGCAAUCCGAGCGCCCCAAUUACGGCUUCGAUUUGGCAGAAGUGACCCAUCUUGGGCCAUGUUCAAUGAGCACCAGCUGGAUGAACAGCGAUUUGCAGAUGCCACGCGACAGCCUUCGAAGGCGCUUAGAGGCGACGAAGCGGCAUCGAUGGAGUCUACUGAGCAAAUCGAAUCCGAGGAAAACACUCCAAGUAAUAUGGACAAAAAAUAACUCAGACCACAAGAUCGAUAAAUCAGACCCGAGCAUAACUCAUUUUUCAGUUUCUAUAAUGUUAUAAUCUAGUUUUUCAUUGUGUUGGCCCCCAAAGAUGUAUAUUAUCGGUUCUAUAGCACUCAAUAGAGUACCAAUGUUUAUUGUGUUACAUAUGGUAUAAUAAAUAACAUCGUUUUCAUCGAACAGUCGCACUUGUAAUUAAACAGAUGUGAGCAAACACAAAAAGCAGCUACGAACAAGGAAUAAAUCUUAUCAUCAAAUCCCAAAGCAUACAAACACCUAAAUUAUAUCAAACAAAAUAAAUAAAAAAAAUCGCAGCAAUUACAGAGCAUACUAUGUGUGAUGGUUAGUGUCAAUAAUAGGAGAUAAAAUUAAUUGAUACUAUUUUACAUCGCUGCUUUGUAAAGUAAUGAACCGAAUAAUUCCAUUCCAGUCAAAAAUGAAAAACUGUGUCAAUGACAAGGAGUUUGCAAACAAUUUCAAACAUCUGCGUGUAUUGCUUGGAAUAUGCAUUUGAAAUAGGAAAAUACAUAGAUGCUCUGCGAAGGCGUUCAAAGUACCCGGCACUCAAUCAUUCAACUAAUGCACUAAACAAACCGUUUUUCUCUCGCCGUUGCAAAUCAACAGUAUUUGUUCAAAUUUUAAUCUAUAUAUACAGAUAGUAUGCCAAGUUGAAGUAUUAUUAGUAUUUAAUAAGGGAUACUGUGUGUCCACCCAACCCACACAACUAUAAAAAAGGUUACAAUUAUUAGCAACGCAUGCAAAGAGAUGAAGAUUUAGAAGAGAUAAUGUAUGGAGACGAAUUGUAUUUAAAGCCAAAUGCAGCAUGUACAUGUGUAUAAAAUAAAUUAUUAAAUUCACAUCUAGUGGAGAAACGAA